AAAAAAGAUAAGAUCUCACAAGUCAUAUCUCCAUAGCAGAUUUCACACAAGAUGUCUGCUUCCACUGAGGCCCCCAGGCAAUUCAGCCAGCCAUCCCGCAAGGGUAAGAAGGCUUGGCGCAAGAAUGUUGAUAUCACAGAGGUUCAAGAAGGCCUCCGCCUUUUGAAAGAUGAAGAGAUUAAAGGAGGUGUUAUUGCGGAGAAGCCCUCGGACGAGCUGUUCGUUAUCGAUACCACUGGUUCAGCAGAGGUCCGCAAGGCAAUUCAGAAGAAGCGCAAACUUCUGAAGUCGGAGGAGAUAAUCGCACAGCGCUCUGCGAUUCCUGCGGUGGACACACGCACGCGAUCGAGCUCGAAGGUCACUGACGGAGUUCUCGAACCGAAGAACAAGAGACAGAAGAGUGAUUGGGUUACCCGGAAGGAUUGGCUGCGCUUGAAGCAGGUGGCCAAGGAAGGCAAACCCACCAACAAGACCGAAACCGACUUGUACGACCCCUGGGCCGAUGCGGAGGACACCACUCGCUAUGACGACCCCAAGUUCGAUUUCCUGGAGAAGCCCAUGCAGAAAGUCGAGCCCGUUACCUUGAAGCACGCUCCGAUCUCGCUCGCUGCGAACGGCAAGCCGAUCCCUGCAGUUCGCGCCCCAACUGCCGGCACGAGUUACAACCCCACAUUUGAAGAUUGGGACAAGCUACUACAAGAGCACGGCCAGAAGGCAGUCGAGGAUGAGAAGAAGCGCUUGGAGGAAGAGCGCAAGGAACAAGAAAGACAACGGAUGAUCGCAGAGGCCAAAGACGACGAUGGUGCGGUAAGAUCGGAUGAUGAAAGUGCUUGGGAGGGCUUUGAGAGCGAAUACGAGAAGCCUGAGUGGCUAAACAAGAAGCGUCCGCAACGAAAGACCAAGACUGAAAGGAACAGGAUCAAGAGACGCAAGGAGGCCGAGCGGCAAGCGAAGUGGGAAGCUCAGAUGAAGAAGAGACAGGAGCAGUAUGCGCGGGCCAAUCUCACUCCCGAAGAAAUCGAGGCAAAGGAACUUGAGCUUGCCGAGCAGUCGGAAGACAGCUCUUCAGAAGAGGAAGGUGAUGAUACUGUUCUGCGCCGCAGACCUCUCGGAAAGCUACGUGCACCCGAGAAGCGAUUGGAGGUCGUGCUACCGGAUGAGCUCCAAGACUCGUUGCGUCUGCUCAAACCCGAGGGCAACUUGCUCGAUGACCGUUUCCGGACCUUGGUUGUUCAGGGCAAGCUGGAGGCUCGCAAACCAGUGACGCAGGUCAAGAAGCCCAAGCGGGAGAUUACGGUGAAAUGGUCCCACAAGGACUUCAAGGUUCCAGGCUUUAAUUGGAAGAAACUCCAGGGGACGUUAAAGCAAAGCAACGCCUCCUCCUCCUCCUCCUCCGCCACCAAGCGCAAGAUCUCGGACCGCGAGACGCAAAAUGCUACCGUGAAGAAACGCCGAACAGACGCAGCCGACGGGAAACCGAAGAUCGAACGGAAGAAAGCCACCAUCAAGAAGAAAAUCAUGUCGCAAAGCGCCGCCCAGGAUGGAGGCCAAGAGGCCACCGCAUCAGAUAGCUCAAAGCCAACGUCGCGGAGGAAUUCCGCCGCCGCAGCGGUCGUGGAAUCGAAAACUUCCAAGGUCAAUGAAGGCCGUUCACCAACUGCUGAGCUAGGAAAAUACGUUGCGAUGGAUUGCGAAAUGGUGGGCGUCGGCCCCAACCCCGAUAACGACUCUGCCCUUGCGCGUGUCAGUAUUGUCAACUUCAACGGCGAGCAGGUUUACGACUCGUAUGUCAGACCCAAGGAGAUGGUCACAGACUGGCGAACGCAUGUCAGCGGUAUACUUCCGAAACACAUGGCCAAUGCGCGGUCACUCGAGCAGGUUCAAAAAGAGGUUACGGAAAUUCUCAGUGGGCGCAUACUCGUGGGACACGCGGUGAGCAACGACUUGGAUGCUCUGCUUCUGAGCCACCCCAAGCGCGAGAUCAGAGAUACCAGCAAACACCAGCCCUACCGAAAGAUAGCUGGCGGAGGCUCCCCCCGUCUGAAGAUGCUGGCUUCCGAAUUUUUGGGUUUGAAUAUCCAAGAUGGUGCCCACUCUAGUGUUGAGGAUGCGAAGGCGACGAUGCUCCUGUACCGGCGGGACAAGGACACAUUCGAACGAGAACACUUGAAGAAGUGGCCGGUGCGCGUGAUAGUCGAGAAGGAACCGGGUGACGAUCAGAAGAAGAAGAAGAAAAAGAAGAAGAAGAACCGUAAGAAGUGAUUCCAACAAUAUCCUGAUGAGUCGGCAAGAUCUAUCUGUCUUAAAUAUACCCCAGCUUGAUUAAGUUAC